AUGACCCAUCCACUUCUUAUAAAAAUUGUUAACGUGUUGUCCUUUGUUUUUCUCCUGGGACUUAACACCUACUCGGGCUUCUUUGAUGACUCGUCCCCCUAUCAUGACAAUCACGCAACUUACAUUACCCCGGCAGUGUUCGUUUAUUAUAUUUGGGUUCUCAUCCAUUUCUUAUUAUUAGGUUUUGUCAUUUAUCAAUUCUUCCCUGUUGCCAACGAAGUGGUGGUUGAUGGGAUUCACUGGCACUUCCUUAGUCUCGGUUUGUUUAAUGGAGUUUGGGUGUGGUUAUAUUCCACCGACCAUACUAUCCUCGCAUUGAUUCCUCUCCUCUUGGUCUCCACGCAAGUAUCCUACGUCUACUUCACCCUCAAGAACAGAUAUCCGGCUGCGACCUUUGGAGAAACUGUUUGGAUUCACGCUCCAUUCUCCCUUUACCACGGAUGGAUAUUUGUGCUCACUGUUAUUGGCGUAUUCGUUGCCUUCAGUCCUGAAAAGACUGAUGAACCACCAAGCGUGCUUACCAAGAUAUUCGUUGUCAUUGGUUUGUUGUUCCUCGAACUCACUGCUACCUCAUACAUUGAGAAGUUCGAAGGAGAUAUUGCUGGCGCCAUAGUUAUCGCGUGGUCACUUUACGGAGUUGCAGCUGAACAACAAGAUCCGGUCAUCCACUGGGCCGCCAUCAUCUUUGCCGUGUUCACCACCAUUCAUAUCAUCAAACCACUCUUCAAGAAAUACGUUCUCAAAACACGAGAAGAGCAAACCCCAUUGGUCAGGGGUCAAGUAUGA